GCACGGAUACAGAUGCUUUUUUCUGGUUGUCUUCGCCUCACAACGGAUUGAAAACUCUACCGUAACAGUGCCGAACACAGUCGUGCACCACAUGGAUACAUGUCUGUUGAAAUACUAUGAGAAAUACUCAUUGUGUACACCGAGCGGAACGGUACAGCGAUCAAAGCGUUUUUCACACGGACCUGCAGCAGCACGAACACCAAUGUGCAAGAUGUAAACCGACGCGGGAAACUUCAGUGUGAACGUCAAUAUCAGACGACAAAACUACGGGGAAAGUGUAUAGUGACAGUCAUGACAGACAUUUUAACACUUGUGUUUAGGACUUUUAUGUCACAAACAGACGUACGGAAGGAGCUUACAGUCGUCCCUCCGUCUCCCGCCAGCUGCAGCGCGCUGCUGGUGGGACACAGCCGCAUCAGCCGCUCUGUGCUGCUGCUGGCGGCCGUGGCGGCGGCCUCGGAGAUGGGAAUGAGAGUGGUGUUCUUCACCCAAACACAAAUUCAGAGCCUCCCAGUGUCACUGCAGAAGUGUGUCCCCAGCCUGAGCCCAGAGAGUCUAAAGAAAAUCAAAUUUUCCUAUCCCAGGACAGUGGAGGAGCUGCUGCAGCAGGUGGCCGGCCUUCACGAGCCCCCCAACACGUCUCCCACACCUCCCUCACUGAUCAUAGUGGACAGGCUGGAGGGUUACCUGUGUGGAGGAGCAGGCGGCAGCCUUAGUGGAUUUCAGCCAGGAGAGCAGUCCUGCGCUGCACACCUGUCCGCACUGCUCUGCGACACUGCUGCCUUCCUCACACAACUCCUGAAACAACGCUCUCCAAGCUCGGCCCCCUGCCGCGUCAUCGCCUCUUUCCAGUCAGAAGUGGACACUGGGCAAGUCGGCAGGGAGGCCUCUGCCACAGAUCCCAUCCUCGCUGUUCUUGAUCGAUAUUUCCAGGUGCGCUGUACUCUGGACCGAGACAGCAGCUAUGAAGCUGCAGCAGCUGGACUGCAGGAUGUGUGGCACGUUUACCUUUCUAGGACAGGCAUCACGGAGGCCUCUUGUACUGAAGACUGUGAGGACGGGCCGGCUGUCGCCCAAGAGUGGCAGCUGUUAAUUUCGCCUGAUGGUUUAAUGGAGUUUAAGUUGCCUUAAAAAUAUUUGUAUCAAAGACUGUAGCAUUGGAUUAUUUUCUUUUUUUUAGCUCCCCCUGCCUUUAAUUUAAGCCGUUAGGUAUUUGCAUUGAUGAUGAGAUGUUUUCAGCCAUGCCUCAACAGUUAAUCAGAGUAGUUAUUGCCUUUGCCUUGACUGUCAUGUAGAGCUGCAACAAUUAGACCAUCGUCUAAUAAUCGCUAACUGUUCUUGAAUAGUAUUUUUCAUGCAGAAAUGUCAGAAAAUGUGGUUUUCAGCCUCUCAAAUAUGUUGAUUUUAUAUCAUCUUAAAGUGAAUAUCUUUGGGUUUAGGACUAACAAAACAAGACAUUUAUAGACGUCACCCUGGACUUUGAGAAACUGGGAUGGACAUUUGUCACUAUUUUCUGACAUGUUAUAGACCAAGCAAUUAAUCUAGAAAAUAAUCGGUAGUUUAAAAGGAUGAUAAAAAUAACCGUUAGUUGCAGCCCUGCUUUCAUGACUCUGGGACCAAACAAUCUUUUACUUGUAAUCUGCUGCUCGCCCUCUCAGAUAGCAGCUAACAGGAUCACUGACAGGAUACUGGUUGUAAAUGGAAAUGUUUCUGAAAAUGAAAAACAUGGAACAAAAUAUUACUCUACUUCUAAAUAAACUACUAAUAGGCUUUCUCUUCAAAUAUAAUAUAUGUGUUCCACAAAUGUAAAACAAUGGAUAUUAAAAAGGAAUAGAUUUAGUUUUUAGCUUAUUUGAUAAAUCAUUAAUUGCUGGUUGCAAAAAUAGAAGUCGACAAUGUAUAGUUAAGUUUUUAUUUUUUUACUUUUAGAGUAGCUACAAUUUCAGUUACAAGAUAUUUUUUCCAAAGCAAACAAGCAUGAAAACAUGGAAAUGAUUCAGUUUGAUUUAAAAACGGCAAUGAAUUUAAAUGUUUUGAAUAGAAAUGUAUAUGUGUAACUGUAUAUGCUCGGCUCGUUAGAUGGCAGCAGUCACUAAAAACACAAGCUAAUAAACAUGACAAGAAAAUAAAAGACUAACAACUACAGUUACAUCAGAAUUAAUAUUGACUACAGUAGUACUAAUUAUACUUAAUUUGUUCCAGGAUUCCACAUUUGUAAUAAAAUACAAAAACCAUCA